GGUCGCUCUUUCUCCGGAACGCCGGGCUCGGUGCUGGGGCCAAGUCCUGCUUGUGUUGGUGGUGGGAUGGCGGCCGAGACGCAGCCCCUUCUGGUCAGGGAUCGAGGUAGUGGAGCCCGCUCUGGUGCCACAGCCAGACAGGAGCUCUGCAUAGACCAGGCUGUGGUCUUCACUGAAGAUGCCAUAAAGUACCGCUCCAUCUACCACCGCAUGGAUGCUGGCUCCUUGUGGCUUUACCGCUGGUACUACUCGAACCUGUGCCAACGAGUACUGGGCUUCACCAUUUUCUUGAUCCUGGCCUUGGCUUUUGUGGAGUUCCCAUCAUCAUUCACAAGAACAGCGGAUGUGCGCUACCGCUCCCAGCCCUGGCAGCCACCCUGUGGCCUGACGGAGACCAUUGAGGCUCUCUGCAUGUUGAUCUUCCUGGUUGACCUCUCCGUGAAGGGCUACCUGGUGGGCCAGGCCCAGUUACAGGAGAACCUGUGGCUGCUGGCCUACUUCGUGGUGCUGGUUGUGUCUGUGGUGGACUGGAUCGUUUCACUGAGCCUGGCUUGUGAGGAGUCCCUGCGUGUACGCCGGUCACUCCGUCCCUUCUUCCUGCUCCAGAAUUCCUCCAUGAUGAAGAAGACCCUGAAGUGCAUACGGUGGUCACUGCCAGAAAUGGCCAGUGUCGGGCUGCUGCUGACAAUCCACCUGUGCCUCUUCACCAUCAUUGGGAUGCUGUUGUUCACCAUUGGUGAGAAGGAUGAAGCACAGAAUGAGGAGAGGCUGACCUACUUCCAGAACCUUCCAGAGGCACUGACCUCACUCCUGGUGCUACUGACGACUUCCAACAACCCAGAUGUGAUGAUUCCUGCAUAUACCCAGAACCGGGUCUCUGCCCUCUUCUUCAUACUCUUCACCUUGAUAGGAAGCUUGUUUCUGAUGAACCUGCUGACGGCCAUCAUCUACAAUCAGUUCCGUGGCUACCUGAUGAAGUCUCUACAGACCUCGUUGUUUCGGCGGCGGCUGGGGGCCCGUGCGGCCUAUGAAGUCCUUGCAUCCAUGGCAGGGCAGACUGGAGCCACCUCUGAGGCAGUUGGGGUAAAUCCUGAAGACUUUCUGCGAGUACUUCAGAAAACCCAACUGCCCAAAAUCUUCAAAGAGGCCAUCAUGCAGAAGGUGCGUUCCUAUGAGGGCCGCCCGAUGCUGGCUGAUGAAUUCCAGAAACUCUUCGAUGAGGUUGACAAGGGUGUGAUCAAAGAGCACCCGCCGAAGCCCCAGUACCAGUCUCCGUUUCUGCAGAGCGUCCAGUUCAUCUUCAGUCACCGCUACUUUGACUAUCUGGGGAACGUCAUCGCUCUGGGAAACCUCCUGUCUAUCUGUGUAUUCCUGGUGCUGGACUCAGACCUGCUGCCUGGGGAACGUGAUGAUUUUGUCCUGGGGAUUUUUGACUACGUCUUCAUCUUGUACUACGUGCUGGAGCUGCUGUUCAAGGUGUUUGCGCUGGGCCUGCGGGGCUACUUGUCCUACUGUAGCAACGUGUUUGAUGGUCUCCUCACCAUUGUCCUCCUGGUUUUGGAGAUUUCUACUCUGGCUGUAUACCGAUUGCCGCACUCAGGAUGGAAACCCAAACAGUAUGGCCCACUGUCGCUGUGGGACAUGACACGGCUGGUGAACACACUGAUUGUGUUCCGUUUCCUACGCAUCAUCCCGAACGUGAAGCCAAUGGCCAUAGUAACCAGCACCAUCCUAGGCCUGAUCCAGAACCUGAGGGCAUUUGGUGGGAUCCUGGUGGUGGUAUAUUACGUGUUCGCCAUCAUUGGGAUCAACCUAUUCCGAGGUGUCAUUGUGCCUCCUGGCAACAGCAGCCUGGUGCCUAACAACAGCUCAGCCCCGUGUGGAAGCUUCGAGCAGCUAGGUUACUGGUCCAACAACUUUGAUGACUUUGCUGCUGCUCUGAUCACACUGUGGAACGUGAUGGUGGUGAACAAUUGGCAGGUACUCCUGGAUGCCUAUCGGCGCUACUCAGGCCCAUGGUCAACGGUGUAUUUUGUGCUAUGGUGGUUGGUGUCCUCUGUCAUCUGGGUCAACCUGUUUCUGGCUCUGCUUCUGGAGAACUUUCUCCACAGAUGGGACCCUCAAAGUCAUAAUCAGCUCCUUGUUGGUACCCGGCAGACCACCUAUCAGAUGUCUGUGGAGCUCAUGUUCAGGGACAUCCUAGAAGAGCCCAAGGAGGAGGAACUGAUGGAGAAGCUGCACAAGCACCCGCACUUGCAGCUGUACAGAUAGGGAAACUGAGGCCAGAGAGAAGAGAGGCUGCUGAUGCUGUGUGGCCCAAAUGGGCUGAACCCUGGACUCUUGUCGGAGCUGAUCCAUGGUGGUCUCACUAGACUUGUGCUGGAUGCAGGAUGGGAGAAGCCCUCCUUUCCUCCCCUCUCUCCUGGUGACAAGCAAGCAUGGUAGCUCAUGAUGGGAGUCAGGCUGCCCCCAAGAGCCUCAACUCUGUGUGAAGUAUGAAUUUUUAAUCCCAUUGCAUUGUUUUUAUCAUGUUCUUCAGUGUUUGGGAUGAAGCCAUUCAUACACACCCAAGCCAUGGUCAGUGUGGACUCUAUCCAUUUGUGAUUAUUGAAAGAAUGGGACUCAAGUGUCUUGAUAUCUAAGUCCUGGAAAGGGUUUGUGUGGCUCGUGUGUGGGUACAUGUGUGUGCAUGUAUAUGUGUAUAUAUACAUACAAAGACCAGAGGAUAACCUCAGACCCUCAGACGUCCGUUCCCCAGGACCUAGCCACCUUGUUUUUGAGACAGAAUCUCUCAUUAGGCUGGAACUCAACAAGUAGCCCCCCCCCCCAGCCCCCUUGCACUGGGAUUACAAGUACGCACUAUCAUCCCUUAGUUACUUAUUUUAACAUGGCUUCUGGCAUUGAGCUCAAGUCCCUGUGCUUGCCUGUAAGCAUCAUACUGCCUAAGCCAUCUCCUCGAUCCUUCAAGGCUCUUAGUAGGACCCGAGGCUGUUGCCUUUUCCUUCUGCACCUCCUGGAGCCCCCCUUCCCCUGAGGGCAGCCAUAGUGGAACUGGUGGGAGGUGGUUUGAGGCAGAGGCUUUGCUCCCCUGGUGAUGAAGAUGGCAGAUAUUGACAGCUGCCUUUGGUGCCUUAGGCUUCUCCCCAUGCCUGACUGGACAGUGAUAGAGUCCCUGCCUGGACAUUCAUGUUCUCUCCUGGAGCCUUUGUUGGAGCUUAGGAUAAUUCACUAUUGCAUUCUUGCCCUCGCCUCCCCAAAUCUGUGCCCGCCACAUUGACUGGCAACACCCCUCCCCUGGUCUAGUCCACACUCCACUCUGCUGCUGCUGUGGCAUCCCUGUUGCCAGUCUCCCCCUCCCUUAGCUCUCUCUGGUGGAUGAGAGGCAUGGGAACCAGGAUCCGGUACUGGCCUGUUUACUCUCUUCAGUCUCUCCCAUCUCUCUCCUCUCUCCCUUCAAAUUUUUAUUACUUUGUGUGUAUAGAUGUUUUGCCUGAAUCCAUAUCUAUACCAUGUGCAUGCACUAUUCUUGGAGACCAGAAGAGGACAUUGGAUUCCCUGGAACUGGAGUUAGAGACAUUUGUGAGCCACCGUGUAGGUGCUGGGGUUCACUGAUUUAAGCAGUGCUCUUAACUGCUGAGCCAUCUCUACAGCCCAGAUCUCUAGAUGUCAGAAGGCCCGUGCCUGGAAGAACCACGUUCUGAUGGAAACACCCUAUUUUAAAUGUAUUUUAUUGAGUGAAUGAGUGUGUGUGUAUAGCGGAGUAGAGGUGGGGGCAUGUGCUUGUCACAUCAUGUGUGUGGAGAUCAGAAACAACUUUUGGGAGUCAAUUGAGGCCAGGUCUCAUGUUUGGAGCACGGCAAAGCAUGCUGUAGGCUGGCCAGCCCACAGACUUCUUGCUGGUUCUCUCUUGGCCCCCAUCUCUCAGUAGGAGUGCUGGUAUCGCAGAUGCACACUGCCACAUCUGGCUUUCUUUCUUUUUUUCUUUAUUGUUUUUAGCAUGGGUUCCUGGGAUGGAACUCAGAUCAUCAGGGUUGAGUGGCAAGUACUUUUACCCACUGAGCCAUCUUGCCCGCUGCAGGUGUCUGCUCAGGUAAGCCACAGAGGUGAGCCUGCCAGGCUUCCCCUGAGGGUAGAUCUGCAGGCCCCUGGGCCUGGACUUGUGCUUCUCAGUAUUCUUAACCAUUCAACAACACACUCCAAGUACCCAGAAAACAUGUUUGAAAGAAUUGCAUCUCCCUCAAAUCCUAUCCCAACUAUGACAGUUUAUGAGCUACUUUAGUGUAAGAUAGAACAUUCUGGAUAGGAUAGAGAUGAGGACCAAAGCUUAGGCUUAUGCGCUUUUCUGGGCCUGGGACCUUUGCCUAUCGGCAGGAUCCCAGGUUCCCUCUGGAGCUCCUGUCCAGUUCUUAGCUAGGGCUUAGCUUCCUUGCUUAGUAGUGGACUUGAGGGGAGGUGACCCAGCCACUCCAGGAGGACCCAUGCUGGUAGCAUUUAGGUGCCUCUUGGACAGCUGUUUUUUCGUUCUGGUACAGCUGGGUGUGGUAGGCAUGGUCAAGUAUGCCACCUGCCCCGGGUGCUUUAGCCCCAGGAAAGAAAACCAUGGUAUAAGGCCCUUACCUCACUGCCAGGCUCCCCCUGUGACAGCUGGGAACGUGGAAGUUGUCACGGCCCCUAAUCUUUAGUAUCCAUCAGAACUCCUAGAGAGCUUGCUGGACAGAUUGCUGGGCCCCACCCUCAAUUUCUGGCUCAUAAACCUGAUCUGGGAGUCCCCAUGCUGAACUGCUCCCCAUAAUGCACAAACCUGGGGGAUGCACCCUGAGAGUGGCCCUGUUCCCCCCCACCCCCCUGCUCAAGUAACCUCCAAAAGUGCCUAAUCCCUAAGCACUGUGUGACCUUACCUGGGGAUAGAAUCUGCAGAGGUAGAUCUUGAGAUGGAGUCACAGUGGGUACAGGGUCUGCCUCAUAGAAUGACUGGUGUCCCUGUGAGAGGAGACAGAGAGUCCUGUGGAGAUGGAGGUGGACAUCACGUGAUAUAGCUCUGUCAUGAGGGAGGCCCGAGACUCUAGAAGCCAGAGCCACGGAAGGCUCCUCCCCUAGGCCCUUCAGAAGGACAGGGCCCAGGUGCCAGCAAGCAUGGGUGCCUGGCCUUGUGAGCUGUGAAGGGAGACAGUCUCUAGUCUGAGUCCCCCAGUUUGUGGUGGCCUGUCACUGCGACCUUGGACAGCACAGCCCUCGGUGAGUGCCUCUUAGCAUCAUCUCAUGCUGAUGAUGGACCCCAGGCCACCAAGACUCCUGGAGUUGGGCUGGAGUUGAAAGUCAGUGGGGACAGGGUAGCUUAAAUGCCAUUUUCUGGCUGUGUCUCUGUGUUGUGAUCCAGGUAAGCAGGUUCUGUCCCCAUUGGCUUAUCUCUUUGUUCUGAGGUGGUAGCACUGGAAGCUGGCUGAGCUGGGAUCAGGAGCAUCAGUGGGACAGAGGGCUGCUCUGCGGUGAUUUGUCAUGAGGCUGUGUCAUAGGGAAAGCAUGCUGUCCUGACCCGGAGUGGUCCCCGAGCAGGCACGUGCUAGCCGGUUCUUAGCACUGCCUUCCUGGGUAGGAAGUGUUCUGGCCCCCAUGGGUUG